AUGACGCUCUGGCAACGUCUGUCCGAAUCUUCUCAUCCGGUGGCUCUCGUCUUUUUUCUAGCCUUCCGACUAGGAGCGCUCUUCACCUACAUGUUUGGUCUGCUGUUUACAGACAAGUUUGUGCUCAUGUUUGUGUUGGUUGUUCUGCUUCUGGCAGCCGACUUUUGGAACGUCAAAAACAUUGCCGGACGGCUCAUGGUGGGCCUGAGAUGGUGGAACGAGGCGUCGGAGACGGGCGAGUCCGUGUGGGUGUUCGAGACGGCCGAUCCCCAGCGGUACAUAAAUCCCAUUGACUCCAAGGUCUUUUGGAUGAUGCUGUAUGGCGCCCCUGUCUUGUGGGUGUGUUUGGCGGUUCUGGCGCUGCUCAAGUUCCAGUUUCUGUCUCUGAUUCUGGUCUUUAUUGCUGUGUCUCUGACCGUCACUAACGCCAUGGCCUACUCUCGAUGUGACAAGUUUGGCAAGGCCAAUAACAUUGUUGGCCAGGUCAGCGGCGGUCUCUUGUCUAGAGCUGCCAGAGGUACCUUCCUUGGGCGGUUCAUGUAA